AUGCCUUUGAGGGAGCUGCUGCUGGUGGUGGCGGUGGCACUGGUGACUCUCAUCGCUGCCAGUGGGGCAGAGCUGAACGAAGGGAAUGGCCUGAGAAGGCCGGUGUGUGGAGACAUGGUUGAGCUGCAGGCCUGCCCCCUCCUGCUCUUGCCUGUCUGUGGGAGCGAUGGGAACACCUACGCCAAUGAAUGCCAGCUCUGUGUGCAGAAAAUGUAA